CACACUCUCCACCUCAGACCAUUCCUCUUUUCAUCUUCGUCUUCUUCUCCUCCAAGAUCGCCAUGCUUUCCCGAGCUUCUCUCGCCCUCUCUCUCCGUUCUCCGGCGCCGGAACCAUUUCCCUUUGGUGGUGAUGGAGCUGUGGUGGCUCUUCCUUCUUUGUCCUCUGUUUUGAGGCUUUCUAAGAAGGGGCCGAGAGGCGGAGCCUUGGUGGUCAUGGCGGCUGAUAGCCGGCCUCUCUCGGGUGUCAUCUUUGAGCCUUUUGAGGAGCUCAAGGCUGAGACAGCGCCUCUUGUUCCCUUGUCUCCUCAUGAGUCCCUUGCUCGCCAGUGCUACUCCCAUGACUGCGAAACCGCGGUCAACGAUCAAAUCAAUGUGGAGUACAAUGUUUCAUAUGUCUAUCAUGCCUUGUAUGCAUACUUCGAUCGUGAUAACGUUGCCCUUAAAGGCUUUGCCAAGUUUUUCAAAGAAUCGAGUGAGGAAGAGAGGGAGCAUGCAGAGAAGCUGAUGAAAUACCAGAACAAACGUGGGGGGAGAGUGAAGCUGCAUUCAAUUGUAAGGCCUCCCUCUGAAUUUGACCACCCUGAGAAAGGAGAGGCGCUGCAUGGUAAGCUUUUAACCAUGAAUGCUGUAUAUUUUAGAUUUCAGUGUGCUAAGUUGGUUCUCUUUGACUGAUAACACAGUCAAAACAAUAUGUG